UCUGUAUUGGAAAACAAGUGUGGCUUUGAAGAAAUCCUACCGCCGCCCGAACCCCUGGAAAUCCGACCUUCUCCCGCACUCCCACCGAACCUUACCCUCGUUGGCACUGCAGAGGAAGAUCUGACAAAACAGCGAAUCAUAUUCGGCGGUAAGGUCACAGUCUCAUAA